CCCUCUAUCUCGCGUCUCUCCUCUUCUCCCCCGCGCUAUCUUUUGGUCCCCUGGAUCUUCCCGUCGAGUGCAUAACCCCAACUUUUCCCACCACCCCCAGCCUUCUCCAAACCCGGAAGCGGAUCUGAUUUCGUCUUCUCCGCGGAGGUAAGCUGGUCACGCGGAAGCCAUUUACUAUGCUGUUUUGUGUCUGCUGGAGUACAUCGUAUAGACACUGCUGGGCGGGAAUGAUGGUCCUCGAUUAAGGUGUGACGAGUCAGGUGUGCGUGGUUGACGAGGUGGAGGAUCCUCUCACAUUCGAUAUGAUGGCCGUUCACCGUCUUACAAGGUGCCGCGAACUCUUAGACUUGCACUUGCACAUCCUCGACCGACAAGUUCCCACACCGGGUUUCUUGUGAAGGGCAACGUAUGCGGUUACUUGCAAUGAUCAAAGUCUAGGUUUUACACGGACACGAGUUGUAGCAGACGACCAGGCCAGUUGUACGUCUCGAGGCACAUGAGAACAGCGGCGAUCAACUUGCAAUGAUCUUGGACGCGGCCACCUCGACAAACCCCCUACGCCCGCCGUCUGAAUGUGCCCAGACACAAUGAUCGGCACGACGGUUGUUGUCGACGGCGCGCAGACUUGCCAUGCCGUGCACCCGCACCCGGCUUCGUCUCGGCCUCCCACAUGGUCCUCAGCGGUCCCGCCUUCGGCAGCGAUCUGGCCGGCGAAGUUGGCGCCCUCGACGGCAGCCCCGAAGCCCGUGUCGUUGUGCACGCCGCCCCCGGCGGAAGGGGUGGCAUGACGGUGUUGAGAAUGGUGACGAACCUGCCCGAGUUGUUACUACUAAUUAGUGUUGAUGAUCCCGGGGCCCAGCCCUGCGAUGCCGGGGAAGUUACUGGGCGCGAGAUCAUUACUCUCUGAGAUAUCUGCUUCUUCCCCCAAGAUUUCAAAGAUGAGAUGCACAAAAGGAAAUGUGGGAACUGGCUUGUAAGAUAAACGCUUCGAAAUGGGGGUUGUUCGAGUGAGUGUGCUUGUGAGCUAAGCGGGACUAUUGACACGCAUUUCGAUGAUACCUGCUGCUACUGCUGCUUCGAAACAAGUCUUCUCACGAAGUCGACGUCAUGGGAACAGUCACUCAUUUACAUGUGUACUAUCAAGCAACCGUCGCUCCGAAUACUCGCCGCACAAAAGAAAAAUUGGUAUCGAUUAACCCCGUAGACUGAUGGUACACGAAUGUUCAACGCUUCUCAUGCAUAUCCUUGUUCUUAUUAGACAAACGUAUAAGUGGCUCUCGCCC